AUGCUGGACUGCGUGUCAACUGGUGUGAGCAAGCAUGAAGGAAUCACAAACCUGAAUAAAUUGCAAGAGAUUCUUGAUGAGGAUUUGAAGUCGAAGCGCAUGCUGCUUGUUUUGGACGAUAUGUGGGAGGACAGUGAUAAAAGUCGCUGGGACAAGCUAUUAGCACCACUAAGAUGUUCAAUGAAUGGCAAUGUGAUCUUGGUCACAACUAGAAAUCACUCUGUCGUGAAAAUGAUUUCUACUGUGGACCCUAUACAUUUAGAUGGCCUGAAAGAUGAUGACUUUUGGCUUAUGUUCAAGUCAUGUGCAUUUGGUGAUGAGAAAUAUGAAGGACAUCCAGGUUUACAGGUUAUUGGGCAGCGGAUAGCCAACAAGUUGAAGGGUUACCCCUUAGCUGCAAAAAGUGUUGGUGCACUGUUGAAAAGAAACCUUGAUGGUGGGCACUGGAUGUCAGUUUUGCAAAGUGAUGAAUGGAAGCUGCAGCAAGGGCCGGAUGAUAUCAUCCCUGCAUUGAAACUUAGUUUCACACACUUGCCUUUCCAUCUCCAAAGGUGUUUUUCUUAUUGUGCACUAUUUCCUAAAGGUCACAUGUUUGAUGGGAUGGAAUUGGUUCGCAUUUGGAUAUCACAAGGUUUUAUUCCUUCUGGAAGUAAGAGAAUGGAGGAGACUGGUUAUCAUUACUUGAAUGAUUUAGUGGACCGAGGUUUUUUUCAAAGAAGCACAUACUAUUCUAUGCAUGAUCUGAUUCAUGACCUGGCACAUAUAGUUUCUUUAGACGAAUGUCAUAUGUUGGAAAAUUUUGAUUCAAGAAGUGGAACAUGUCACCCAACUAUUCGACACCUAUCUAUCAAUACAAGAUCUGCUUAUAAGUGGAACACAAGUGCCCGUCAUUAUUCUCCCAACGAUAACUUUCAGAGAAAGCUGGCUUACAUUGGUGGAAAAGUGCAGACCAAAACGUUGAGCACAUUAAUGUUAUUUGGGAAGUAUGAUGAAGGGUUUUCUGAAACUUUUUCCAAGGUAUUCAAAGAGGUGCAGCAUCUUCGCGUUUUGAGGCUAUCCGUACUAACUUGCAGCAUAGACACUCUUCUUAGUGACUUUGGCAAAUUGAUCCAUCUUCGCUAUCUUGAACUAAUAUCAAGUGGACCAGGUGGACCCUUGCCAGAGGUUAUAUGUCGACUUUAUCAUCUCCAGGUUCUUGAUGUAGAGUAUUGGGUGGAUCUUUCUGCUUUACCACUUGGCAUGAACAAUCUUUUGAACUUGAGGCAUUUUGUUGCUCGAGGCGAAUUGCAUGCAAAGAUUGCUGGAGUUGGAAGGCUAAAGUUCCUCCAAGAAUUGAAGGAAUUCCGAGUGGGAGAGACUGAAGACUUUCAGAUUGAACAGUUGAAUGGGUUAAAAGAAUUGGGAGGAUCUCUUGCAAUUUACAAUCUGGAGAAUGUGGGUAGUAGGGAGGAGUCUAAGAAUGCUGGAUUAAGAGACAAGAUAUACAUCCAUGAUCUGUUGCUUUCAUGGUGUAAGAAUCGGUUUGGUGUGAGUUCUAUUACUGAGGCAGAGGUGCUUGAGGGUCUUCUUCCAAGUUGUGGGCUCAAGCGCCUUCAUAUAACUAGUUAUGGAGGUAUUUGUUCCCCGACAUGGUUGAGCUCCAAUUUUUCACUCACCAGCUUAGAGUCCAUCUAUCUUGAGAAUUGCACAAAAUGGGAGAUACUUCCGCCACUUGGGCAAUUUCCACUUCUUAAAACACUACAUUUGGUACAGUUGUCUGCUUCAACAGAAGUACCAGUUAUGUCCUGUGACGAUUGGACUGGGUCUGAAAAGCAUGUCAUUUUUCCAUGUCUAGAAGAACUUACAAUAAGAGAUUGCCCUAAACUAAGGUUAUUUGCAUUACCUCAAUGUUCUUCCAGUGACAAAGGCUUUCACUCAUUUUGUUGCCUCCGUCGUGUUAACAUUUACAACUGUCCUCAGCUAGUUGACUUACCCCAGUUUGGUGAGAUGAAAUCUCUAUCCAUAAUGUCUAUUGAGGGAGUAGGAUCAUUUCCUGACAUCAGAUUAUUUGUGCGAGCAUUACAUAUCAAAGGGAGUGCUAGUGUGAGAACCUUGGAUGAGAUAUUAACAUCAAUUUUGACUUACUACAGGCUUAGCGGGCUUGUGAAAUUAACAAUUGCAAGCUUCCUUGAUCUAGCAUAUUUGCCCUGGGAAAAUUUCAGCCGACUUCUCUCCUUGGAGAUGCUGGUAAUUAUGGAUUGUCCAAAGUUUUUCUUGCCUGCUUAUUCGUAUGAUCAAGGAGUCCCAUCUUUGCUCAAGAAGCUUGUAAUCCAAGAAUGUGGUAUAACCGGGAAGCAGUUAUCUGACUUGCUGUUGCAACUGCCCUUUAUUUCUUGA